AUGCCUAGCAGACCAGAUGCUCCACGACGCGUCAAGAAAAAGCCUCCACAAAAAACACACCUCAACGCGCCCGCCGACCCCCGAAAUGAAGGUAGGGUAAACGACAUCCGAGAGUUUCAGUAUGAUAUUCUUGAAGAUAUCGAAGAAGCAGAAGAGCAACAGGCCAGAGAGAAUCGUCUAGCCAAAGGCAAAGAAUAUAGUGUCAAGGUCGCGAAAACUUGGUCUGGACCGCAAAUCUCGAUCACCGGCCGUCUUCCGAAUCCAAAUCGGAAAAGAGAAUUAGCUUUGGAACAUCUACAAAACUAUCGGAAUCUAUCGAAGAGAUCCAAAUCUAUCCGUCAACAGGAAAAAGACCGCGAAGCCAUCCGCAAAAGUGAGGCCGACCGGGCAGAGAUUAAGAAGCUUGCUCCAAAUCUCAAGGCCUCCAAUUCUGUUGCGGAGGUGAAAUAUGGGGAGUUUCAAGAACCCCCGCAACCUUUCGACAAUAUUACGAUCAAGGACCUGGCAAAUAUACCAUCGAUAGAAGCUUCAUGGAAGGAACGAGACGUUGCGAAAUGGCGCAAGGAAAUGGGAAUUGCCCACAAAAAGGGUCACAUACCAACUGCACCAGUAUUCUUCGAUGCCGAAAGAGAUUCCGUGGCUCGAACCGACGUCGACGUCUACAUUCCCACUCAAUAUUCUCGUAUGGUCGACACCAUCACCACCGCCGAAAAGCACGAAUUAUCCAAACCACUAGCCAUGGGCCUCUCAAUCCGCUAUUCAUACAACCCAGCCAAAGAAGGAGCGACCCGCCAACCAUCCCUCCGUUACCUCCUCCAAAGCCCCGAAAAUCAAAUUUCCUCACCCACCCAGGGACACUCAUCCGACUCCCACCCCAAAGUCCUCCUCCCCAUCACCCACAACCCACACGCCGCGCCAAAAGUCGACAGCGACGGCGAACCCUCCGGCUAUUCCGCCCAUAUCAAGGAACCAGACUACUACCUCAGUUCCAAAGGCUGGUGGCACCGCGCGACCGCCUCCGCAGACCCCAUCAUCACUUUUACACUUACAUGGGAUUUCUCCCGCAACACAACAGACGUCCCCGCCCUCCUAGGCACCACCUACACGGCCUACGAAGCGCACUACAACAACGCCAACCCCGUCACCUACACAACCACCAUCGGCGUCUUCGACCUCCCCCACCUCCUAAACGCCAUCCGCUCGGAAUUCAACUUAAAGGAAGCGGAGCCCGGCGAUUACGCGCUCGAGGUACGGGAGUUCCUGGUUACUUUCCAUUAUCGGAAUGGGUUUGGAGGGGAGAGUGAGAUGUUUGUGUGUCAGGAGGGAGAUAAAAAGGGGAAGGGGAAGGGGGAUAGAUGGAGAGAGGUGCGCGCGGCCUUUUGUUUGCCGUUUACGGAGCGGGGCAGUUUUGGGUUUAGGUUUGGGGUUGAGAGGGGGGGACUUGUGGAAUCGUAG